UUUAAAUUUCUUCCUGUUGAUGGAAAAAGAAUCCAGCGAUGCAAUUACGUCGAGGAGUCUUUUCCGUUAAAUCUCGACCGUUCAAUGGGUCGACUUUGUUUCUUCAAAUUUUGAAAUCAUUUGUCAUCUAUUUUUUUUUUCCUCCGGAACAAAUACUUGUAAACGUCACCGUAAAAGGGUUCAGGUUAUUUCGAUGGCGAUCGCUUCUCCAUCGACCCCUAGCUUCUCAGCUUCCUUUUGUUGUACUCGCACAGAGUCGAAUCGUCCGACUCGGCUACCUCGUUUUGCUUUAACUCAUUCCCGCCGAUCUCAGCAUCAUCAGCGGCUCACCAUCUCUUCGCGGCUCAACUCGUCCACGCCGUCAGGCGCCGGAGGUUGGGUGUCGCCGGAUAACGGAGAUGUUUAUAAGUACGAGUUGCAGCAUGGUUUUGCCGCGGAGCAGCGGAGUAGGAUGGGAUCGCCGGUCUUCGUGACGCUGCCCGUGGACGCGGUUGGUCCGGGGGGUCAGAUGCGGAGGAAGCGCGCUAUGUCGCAGUCCUUCAAGGCGUUAACCGCUGCGGGCGUGGAAGGAGUGGUGAUGGAGGUUUGGUGGGGACUGGUGGAGAGGGAGCAACCUAGGGUUUACGAUUGGCAAGCGUACUUGGAGCUGGUGGCCAUGGCGAGGCGGUGUGGUUUGAAGGUUCGAGCAGUAAUGGCGUUUCACCAAUGUGGCACUGGACCUGGGGAUCCUCACUGGAUUCCUCUUCCUCUGUGGGUGCUUGAAGAGAUUGUUAAAGUUCCAGAUUUAGCAUACUCUGACAGAUUUGGAAGAAGAAGUACGGAAUAUAUUUCUCUAGGUUGUGAUAUCCUUCCUGUUCUGCGGGGUCGAUCACCACUGCAAGCGUACACUGAUUUUAUGAGGAAUUUUAGAGACACUUUUAAACCUUUGCUUGGUGUUAUCAUCACAGGAAUCCAAGUUGGGAUGGGUCCUGCUGGUGAAUUAAGAUACCCUUCAUGCCCAUCUCAUAAACUAACAUGGGCAUGGCGCUCUCGUGAACUUGGAGAGUUUCAGUGCUACGAUAAGUAUAUGCUAGCAUCCUUGAAUGCUUGUGCUCGAACUAUUGGGAUGCUUGAAUGGGGAAAUGGGGGUCCUAUCGGUGCCAGCAAUUUGAUGCAAAAUCCUGAAGACACUGAAUUUUUUAGAAGUAAAGAUGGAUCUUGGAGUACACCAUAUGGGAAAUUUUUUCUUGAAUGGUACUCGGGUAUGCUUCUUCAACAUGGGGAAAGGAUAUGUAGAGAAGCCGAGGCCAUAUUUCGGGGUACUGAGGUUAAUACAUCAGCGAAGGUGGCUGGAAUUCAUUGGCAUUAUGGCAUAAAGUCGCAUCCAUCUGAGUUAACAGCUGGAUAUUACAAUACAUCGACCAGAGAUGGGUAUCUACCAAUUGCUCGCAUGUUUCGAAGGUAUGGUUUCUCUUUGUGUUGCACAUCUUUUGAAAUGAAAGACAUGGAAGAGAAACAGUUGAGUCCAGUAAGUAGCCCUGAGGGUUUCCUCAGACAACUUCUAGCAGCCGCAAAGAUUUGCGACAUAUCACUGGAAGGUGAAAAUUCUGCACCCAACUUGGAUGAUGAAUCGUUUAAGCAGGUGCUGAAGAUGUCUAAGUUUUAUUCGGAUGGUCUCAAGAAGCCGUCCUUUUCAUUCAACUUUGUCAGGAUGGACAAGAACAUGUUUGAAUAUCGAAAUUGGGUUCACUUUACUCGUUUCGUUAGGCAAAUGGCAAAUGCCAAUAUUUUUCGAGCCAAACUAGAUUCGGGAGCUGAAAUGCGAUUGUCUUCCUCUCUGGAUGCAAAAGUUGGAGUAGCUUUUGCAUACUGUUAAUUAAGCUUCACUUGCAGCGAUUGUUGCAGUUUCGAUCGCCAUUUAUUUGUAUAUAUGGUAUACAUAAUUGGAUGACUUAUAAUUUAUUGAUGCGAAAUGUGCUGUAAUCCCUCAUUUUUUUGUUUAUUUGAGGAAAAAAGUGUACAACUUUACAUUGCCUUCAUGAUUUUUUAUUUGGUUAGCUUUUCAGCUUC